AUGAAAUCAUCAAAUUAUGAAACAAUAGAAUUGUAAGGUAAUCCUGCUUCAAGAGCCAAUGAAGACGAUGCAUUUCAAUAGCAUGGAAGACUAUCAUAUUUGUUUUAAACAUCUUUACCAUUAAAAAUAAGUUAAAGAAAAAAGUCAACAAUUAUUGGAAGUUCAAAAAAGAAUGCUUUUGAAGAUAGUAGGAUUACAAGACUUUAUUUUGAAAGAUAUAGAGUUUUAGAAUUAGGCAGAAUGUGGACAAUUUGUGCAAGUAUUGUUCUAAUGGUUCUUGAAGUUAAUUAUUUAUAAAUAAUAUAGUAUGAGGUUUCAUUUGCAAAUUAGUUAACGGAAAUAUACCAAGAAGAAAUUAAAACUCUAUUAUAUUUGAUUCUAAUCCUAACUAUUGUUUCAAGUAUUUUAUUUAUACUAUUUAGUUAUAAUGACAUUGAUUGCAUAUUUAGCAGAACUCGAAUUUAGGAAACGGUCUCUUACAGUACUAAUAGCCUCUACUAUUUUUCAAACAAAUCUCAUUUUUCUUUUGCUAAUAGAAACUACUAUAUUACUACAUUGUCCUACUCCUUAUACAAUUGGAUAUAAAGUUUCAUUCUCACAACGAUAUUCUCAUUAACCAAGAUUUUAUUUGUUAAUGAGAUAUUAACCUUCGUAAUGCUUUUUCGAUCAUUAUUAAUAUUGA